UUUAGUUAAUCAAGGUUGUUUAUCUGAAAUCUCUAGGAGAAAUAUCUGCUAGGACUAAAAGGACUUCUAGAUGAAAGAGAGAGGCACCCAGGAGAGUUGAGGUAGAGAAAAGGUGAACCACAUUAGAGCCUCCUCCUCUGCCUUUAUUCAUGUUUCGGAGCAACACAAACCCUUUCACAAAGGUCAACUUGUAUUUUUUCCUACUAUGUGAAUAUGUAAGAAGCCAUGGCAGCUCAUUUCCCUCACCUGUAAAUUGAAUCCUGAUUAUCCUUAGGUUCUAUUACAUUCUGUGAUGGGCUGUACCAACUCGAUGUUCAGAAGUUCUAACAUUUCAAUAAAGAGAUUAUGUUUUAAGAAUUUCAAAGAUGAAUGGACAGUUGUUUUAAGUCACUAUCACAUCCUGGAAGAUAAUGUGAGAAUUCUAUUUCAUAUGGAUGAAGAUCUCCACCUGUGGUUCUUUUUGGUGUAGUUUUCUAAUUCAUGGUUUCUUAGUGCCCUCGUUCCUAUGAAUCUUAUUCUUGCUGUUGGCUGGCUUAGGCUCGAGGAUGGCAAACUCCUCUCAAUAUGAUUUUCACAGUCUGUGUGCGGCUGCAUCUGCCGGAAAAAGAGAACCAGUUAUACACUAUGAUCUCAGGCAAAGCACAAAAUGAUUCUGGUCCUACCUGCUGAUUCAGAUUCUCUCUUCUUUUGAUUACAUUGACUAGUCAAAGAUGUGAUUCUUUUGUGAAAAGUAUUUAUUUUGGAAAAAGGCAUUUUCAGAGAGGUAAUUAUAUAUAAAGGAAAUGUUUAGAAUAUAAAAUUUACAAUAAAUUAAAUGUACAUGCUCCCAGACCAUAAUUUAAUUUAAAUUAUGCAAAUUUAUGAAAUAGUCAAGUAAAUCAAAGGCCAUACCAUGUAUGAAAAACCCCAUUUCACCUCUGUGUAAAUGCUUUUUUUUAAAAUGGGUUUCCUGGAGUAGUGGUUUUUGCCAGUUUGAAGUAUUUCUGCCUCAUCCCAGAUCUUCUAGAGGACAUUGGUGGGUCAACCCUGAAAACCAGAGGAAGCCUUCCUACCGUGACUUGUAAUUCCCAGAAGGAACUUAAAGCGGGGUGUGGGAUCCUUUCAAAGUAAAUGUUUACAUUGUACAAAGAUGAACUUUUAAAGAAAUCCCAGACGCUUCCUUUUAAGUUUGGGCCAUUCCAGUCGCCCUGCUGUGUGCUUAUUGUUGCCCAGCAUGGAGUUUUCACUGUUUUAUGUACAUGUGUCUAUGCAUAUCUUCCAGUAUAUUAGAACAUCUUAUGAUACAAAGGCAGAUCAUCUGUUACAUUUAAUGUUGAAAGAGUGGAAGAUGGAACUGCCCAAACUGGUGAUCUCUGUCCACGGGGGCGUCCAGAACUUCAGGAUGCCGUCUAAGCUUAAAGAGAUCUUCAGCCAAGGUUUGGUCAAAGCUGCGGAGACAACGGGAGCAUGGAUAAUAACUGAAGGCAUUAAUACUGGUGUGUCCAAACAUGUUGGGGAUGCCCUGAAAGCCCAUUCCUUCCGGUCCUUGAGAAAAAUCUGGACAGUUGGAAUCCCUCCUUGGGGUGUCAUUGAGAACCAGAGAGAUCUUAUUGGAAAAGAUGUGGUGUGCCUGUACCAGACUCUGGGCAACCCCCUCAGCAAGCUCACCACACUCAACAGCAUGCACUCCCACUUCAUCUUGUCCGAUGACGGGACUGUGGGCAAGUAUGGAAAUGAGAUGAAUCUCAGGAGGAACCUGGAAAAGUACCUCUCUCUACAGAAAAUACAUAGCCGUUCAAGACAAGGCGUGCCCGUGGUGGGGCUGGUGGUAGAAGGAGGUCCCAAUGUCAUCCUCGCCGUGUGGGAGACUGUGAAAGACAAAGACCCGGUGGUGGUGUGUGAAGGCACAGGCAGGGCGGCCGACCUCCUGGCCUUCACCCACAAACAUUUAGCAGACGAAGGGACCCUACGUCCUCAGGUGAAGGAGGAGAUCAUCUGCAUGAUUCAGAACACUUUCAACUUUAGUCUUAAGCAGUCCAAGCACCUUUUUCAAAUUCUCAUGGAAUGUAUGGUGCACAGGGAUUCUAUGACCAUAUUUGAUGCUGAUUCUGAGGAGUCACCAGACCUUGAUUUAGUAAUCCUAACGGCUCUGCUAAAAGGUGAGUGUCUGACGAGGUUACAUGUCUUCCUCGUUUCCUCUUCUCACGUUCCGUGGAACUCAGUGUUUUUUAUGUGGAUAUUUUAAAUAGGAUCUAUUCUUGUUCCCUUCUUUACCCUAGGCACAAAUUUAGCAGCAUCA